UCGAUAUUGUAUGCAAAAAAGAAAAUUUGGUCUGCUCUGACGGUCUGACGUGGAAGAGUUGAAAGAAAAUUUGUUUUUUCAAUACAGAAAGAAAUAAAUAUACUUUCUUAAGCCUGUUUGCAUCAUAAAUUGUUGGAAAUUGUUGCGUGUCCAUUGUCAGAUAAAUAAAAGUCAUAAAAGUGUAGCCAAAAAGUCCACGAAAUAAUAAAUAAGGGCAGAAAAAGAGUCAUUGCAACUGAGGUGUUUUGGUGUUUACGUGUUAUACUGUGUGAAUCCAGAGAACGAACGACGAAACGAGGAUCAACGGGCAAAAGUGAAGAAAAAAUAUUGAAGUUUUCGGUUUAUCGAAGAAAUAAAGUGAAAAGUUUAUGCUGUUGAGAAAAUUGUGGAAAAAAUAUUAAUUAGAAUAUUGAAAAAAUGAUGAACCCUAAUGCAUAUUGUCCUCCGCCAACAAUGCAACCACCACCGCAGCAAAUGAUGCCACCUCCUGGUGGUGUACCUACUCAGCAGCAAUAUCCCCCAACCGGCUGGCCCGCUCAACAACCUGGCCCUCCCUCAUCAAUGCCUGGUCAAAUGCCACCACCUAUGCAACAAGCAGGUCCUCCUCAACAGCAGCAACCGCCUCAACCCAAUAUUAUGAAUGGAAAUUAUCAACAGCAGUUAACACAAUCGAUGGGCAGCAUGAAUUUGAAUCCUAACAAGCAAACACCUGGCCCACAAGCAUUCAACAACGCAAACAUGCCACCACCCCCAUCAAUGGGAGGGCCAGUACCACCCCAGCAACAAACCCUAACAAAUGGACCACCUCCAAUGGGCGGCGGUGCUCCACCUACAUCUAUGGCCCCGACCACAAACAAUAAUAAUAAUUUUCCAUCGUAUCCCAAUGGACCAUCAUCUCGGCCACCGACAGCUGGUACACCAGGUCUUCAACAGGGACAAAUUGGUCAAAAUCUUCCACCAGCUCAAAACAUUCCUGGUCCUGGCAAUCAAAUGACUGUAAAUAGUGCAAACUUGCCGGGUUUGCCACAUAUGCCACCACCACAACAGCAGCAGCAACAACAACAAACUCAAAAACCUGUGCAAUCGAUGCCACCAAUGCCAGGUCAACAACAAGGCAAUCAGGGUUAUCCCGGUGGACAAUCCCAAAUGCCACCUAGGCCUGGACAACCACCAAUGCCGGGUCAACAACAAUCUGGUAUGCCUCCCAUGCCUGGCCAACAACAAUCUGGUAUGCCUCCCAUGCCUGGCCAACAACAACCUGGUAUGCCACCCAUGCCGGGUCAACAACAACCCGGUAUGCCUCCCAUGCCUGGUCAACAACAACCCGGUAUGCCUCCCAUGCCUGGACAGCAACAACCUGGUAUGCCUCCCAUGCCUGGCCAACAACAACCCGGUAUGCCACCCAUGCCUGGCCAACAACAACCCGGUAUGCCACCCAUGCCUGGUCAACAACAACCCGGUAUGCCUCCCAUGCCCGGCCAACAACAACCCGGUAUGCCUCCUAUGCCAGGUCAACAGUCAUUUGGUAUGCCACCCAUGCCUGGCCAACAGCAAGCAGCAUAUCCUGGCCAACAGCCAGGUGGAAUACCUGGAUAUCCAUCCCAACAACCUGGGCAACCACCAAUGCCAGGUCAACCUCCCAUGCCAGGUGGCUAUCCCGGCCAACAACCGAUGCCAGGAAGACCCGGUUUUAAUCAACCAGCCGGUGGUAUGUAUCAACAGCCACAACAACAAUUCCAACAACAAAGACGUCUCGAUCCCGAUCAAAUGCCAAAUCCCAUACAAGUUAUGACUGAAAAUCAACGUAAUGCUGGCGGUGCUUUUGUUACCAAUCAAGCUGGUCUAUUGCCACCAUUGGUGACCACCAAAUAUGUGGUCCAAGAUCAAGGCAAUUCAUCACCAAGAUUUAUAAGAUCAUCGCUCUAUUGUGUCCCGGCCACAGCGGAUACGCUAAAAACUACUGCUCUUCCGUUUUCAUUGAUAGUAUCACCCUUUGCUCGCAUUGCCGAGGGUGAAUACGAACCGCCAAUUGUUGAUUUUGGUGCUUUGGGGCCAAUACGUUGUAAUCGUUGCAAAGCCUACAUGUCGCCCAAUAUGCAGUUUGUCGAUGCUGGACGUCGUUUCCAAUGCUUAAUGUGUAAAGUUAGCACUGAAGUACCAACGGAAUAUUUCCAACAUUUGGAUCAUACUGGCCAGCGUGUUGAUAAGUAUGAGCGGCCUGAAUUGGUUUUGGGCACCUAUGAAUUUUUGGCUACCAAGGAUUAUUGUAGAAAUAAUACUCCCCCGGAAAUUCCAGCAUUUAUCUUUGUCAUUGAUGUUUCGUAUAAUACCAUCAAAUCUGGAUUGGUCCAUCUAUUGUGUUCCCAAAUCAAGAAUAUAUUGAAAAAUCUACCCAUUGAUCAGGGUCAAGAUAAAUCGAAAAUGCGUGUAGGUUUCAUAACCUACAAUAGCACUGUUCAUUUCUACAACAUCAAGAGCAGUUUGGCCCAGCCACAAAUGAUGGUGGUUGGUGAUGUACAUGACAUGUUCAUGCCUUUGUUGGAUGGCUUCUUGUGUAACCCCGAAGAAUCGGAAGCUGUCAUUGAUGCUUUAAUGGAACAAAUUCCCAAAAUGUUUGUCGACACCAAGGAAACCGAAACAAUAUUAUAUCCAGCCAUCCAGGCGGGUCUGGAAGCCUUGAAGGCAUCUAAUUGUGCUGGCAAACUAUUGGUGUUCAAUUCCACAUUGCCAAUUGCAGAAGCACCGGGAAAACUAAAGAAUCGUGAUGACCGUAAACUUUUGGGAACAGAAAAAGAGAAAACCGUUCUCAUACCCCAAUGUCAGUCGUACAAUAAUCUGGGACAGGAGUGUGUGCAAAAUGGUUGUUCAGUGGAUUUGUUCUUGUUUAAUAAUUCAUACAUUGACAUUGCAACAAUUGGACAGGUGGCCCGAUUGACGGGUGGUGAAGUUUAUAAAUACACAUAUUUCCAGGCUGACAUUGAUGGCAAGCGUUUAAUUGAAGAUGUUAUUAAGAACGUGUCCCGACCAAUUGCCUUUGAUGCUGUUAUGCGUGUACGUACUUCGGCUGGUGUUAGGGCCACCGAUUUCUAUGGUCACUUCUUUAUGACAAAUACAACGGAUGUGGAGUUGGCCAGUGUCGAUUGCAACAAGUCAAUUGCCAUUGAAAUCAAGCAUGAUGAUAAGUUGCCGCCCGAGGAAAAUGUGUAUCUACAGAUUGCUCUUCUCUAUACAUCCUGCAGUGGCCAACGACGUUUGCGUAUUCUCAACUUGGGCCUUAAAGCUACCACCACAAUUGCCGAAGUCUUUAAGAGUUGUGAUCUAGAUGCCAUCAUGUUGUUCUUUGCCAAGCAAGCAUGUUUCAAACUCAUGGAACUUACACCGAAGGCUGUCAAAGAUAAUCUCAUUCAUCGCUCUGCUCAGAUUUUGGCAUGUUAUCGUAAACAUUGUACCACACCAUCGUCGGCUGGCCAGCUUAUAUUGCCGGAAUGUUUGAAACUAUUGCCUCUAUAUGUUUCAUGUUUGCUCAAGAACGAUGCAAUUUCGGGUGGUUCCGACAUGACCUUGGACGAUCGUUCAUAUGUCAUUCAAUUUGUAUUGUCAAUGGAUUUGAAUACAUCCGUGUCGUAUUUGUAUCCAAGAUUUAUACCCAUACACAAUGUGGAUCCCGACGAUACAGAUUUGCCCAUGUCAAUUCGUUGUACACAUGAAAAAAUGGCCCCCGAUGGUGCUUAUAUUUUGGAGAAUGGUGUACAUUUCUUUGUCUGGUUGGGUCAAUCGUUGCCCCAGACAUUCAUACAGCCCUUGUUCGGUGUACAGUGUACACAACAGGUUAAUGCUGAACGUUUUGCAAUUACAGGAGAUACACCACUGGCGAAAAGAGUUACCAAUAUUAUUGAGAGGAUUAUGGGAGAUCGUACACGUUAUAUGAGGGUUACAUGCGUUCGUCAAAACGACAAACUGGAAAGUGUAUUCAGGCAUUUCCUAAUAGAAGAUCGUGGCACUGAUGGCUCCGCCAGCUAUGUGGAUUUCUUAUGUCAUAUGCAUAAGGAGAUUAAAGAAUUAUUAAGUUAGCCCUUAGGUUUAAAAAGUAAUGCAACGACUGCGGCCUCUGUGACAUGCCGCAGCUAUUCACAGAAUCGUGCUCGUCUAUCGCGUAUAGCGCGUUCCAGGCGAUGGUAAAGGAAGUUAAAUAAACAAAAAGCAUAAUUUUCAUUUUAAAUUUACAAAACCAACAAAAGAAAACAAAACGUUACGUUAUAUGGUAAUCAAAAUAACACCAACAGCAACAACAACAUUACAUAUUACAAUAAACCGAAAGAAAAACACCAGAACAAGGUUUCUUUUUGUUUCCGAUGCAAUGCAAUUCAAUUGUUAAAAAUCCAACACGUUUCGAUAAUUAUAUAUUUUCCUUUUAUAUUAUUCUAUAAUUGUUUAUUUGCAUUUCUUUCUUCAUUGUGUGCGUGUGUAUGGUCGUAUGCGUGUGAUUGAUCACGACAUGAAGAAACGAAGUAACGAAAAGUAUAUUUAAAAAUACAUUCGCUUUAUCUUAGAUAUUUUUUUGUUUGCAUAAAAUAUACACAACAAUUCAUAAUUA